AUGUUCACCGAACCACCGGCCAACGAUGAGAACUCUAGGACCGAUGCAGGCGCGUCUAUCCGGGCCAUGAAGCGCAAACUCGACGAUGCUUUCUCUUCACUCGACGAUGCAGUUAAGCCACAAGACGACUCAGAACGUCCACCACCUGCAAAACGGACACUCGUUACACGCUCCUUGUACUCCACUUUGGCGAAAUACGGCAUCAAGAGCAAGUCAAAGGAGCCACCACCAGCGUUGGAUGCUACCGAAAAGCUGAGCACUCUUUCGAAACCGACACCACAUCUCACCGCGAUCCUGAGUCGCGCUGCAUCUCGUACGCGUAAAGCACUUCCGUCUUUCAAGUUUCCCUCUUCGGCUUCGAGUGCCUCCCCGACGUCCACAAUACACAAUAGCGUCGAAUACCGGCCCUCUUCUACCCCGUCUUUCCUUUCACGACUAGCCACGUUCAAACUUACGACCUAUGCCAACAAGCCUGCGCCCAUCGACGCCGUUGCAGCAGCCAAGUGCGGCUGGAUCAACGACGGGAAGGACAGGCUGGUUUGUGGGUUAUGUGGUGUCUCGUGGGUAGUAGCUGGGAGGGAGGGGAUGUCUCGUGAUGCCGCCAAUGCGUUGGUUGAGAAGCAGCGUAAUCAACUGGUGCAGUCUCAUAAGGACGGCUGUCCAUGGAAAACUAGGCAAUGCGAUGAUUCAAUAUAUCGGAUCCAGCUCAAGCCUCCGGCUACAACAGUGCAGGGGCUGAAAUCGAGUGCUUUGGGCUUGGAGACUGUUCUCCAAGGUGUGGAAAUAAAACAUCCGUUGACAUCUGCACAGCUGAGCACGCUGAAAUCGACCGUGUCGUCUUUCACACUCCCGCCCAGCAUCUCGGACCUCACCAUUGGUGCCGAAACACCGAAUCCCUCUCCUCCCUCAGAGCCGUCCGAAACUGCGAUUCUAACAGCGCUAUUCGGAUGGUCCAUCGUCCCCCCGCCAACCGCAGAGCGUCCGAAGUACAGCUCGAUAUCUCGCGCUGCAUCGCUGUUCCCUUCGCGCUCCUCUACGCCGUCGAUCUCACGCGCCGCGUCACGGGCAGCCACGCCGAAUCCCCCUACGUCCAUCUCUCGAGCCGGGACGCCCUCGAGACUAAGCUCAAUUUCGACCGCUGGAAUUGCACCGGCCCGCCCGCGUUCAGCAGUUGCUGGCAAUGAGAAGAUGCUGCAUUGUGUGCUGUGUCAAAGGCGUGUGGGGCUGUGGGCGUUUGCGCCUGCGGUUCCUGCGGCCUCCAGCGAUUCGCCCCAGGUUCCACCCCUACCAUCAUCGAUCCGGACUGCAAGGAGGCAGUUUGAUCUGCUCAAAGAACACCGAUCAUAUUGCCCCUUUGUUGUGAAAUCAACGAUCGUGCCCGCGCUACCCGUUCCUCCCCCAUCUGCCGGUUCAUCUCCGGCAAGCGACGCUUCGACGACAGGCCGCUUCAAUUUCUCGGUGUACUCGUUGAGCUCGCAGGCGCUCACUGCUGCUGGGGUGAACAAUGCAAUGGAAGGCUGGAGGGCGGUGCUGACGGUGAUCGUGAGGUAUGGAUUGAGUCAAAGGCAGCGAAAGUUGAGUAGGAGCGCGACUACUGAUACGGACGCGGAGGGGAAUGAUGGGAUGGAAGUUGAUGGAGUUGAAGCGAUGGUUGAAGGCGUUAAACGACGCGGGGGAAAAGACUUGUUGCGAUACGUCAAAGGUCUAUUAGGGUGA